AUGGUUGCCAGGGACAAAUACAAAUGUCUCGAACGACUACCCGAUCGAGCCGAGGGUCAAGUUCAAGUUGACGUUGUCUCCUUGCACUCACUCUCCCUCGCACGCUUAUCGAUCUCGACCUCGGCCUCGGCGUCGACUUCCCCUGCCACACAGACAGAGAGCGUCGCACACGCGAUGCUCGACGUCCUCCUCCCCCUCAUCCUUCUUGCUGCUGUCAUCGCUGCUCUUCGCGCCGCCCCGUCCUACCUCGCCAAGAACCCGACCCGAUCUCUCCCCGCCCCGUACCGCCUUGCCCCGCGAGCGCAAUGGGUGCUUGAACGCCAGGGCAUCACCGUCUCGGCGACGACGGUAGCGCUCAACCGCCUGCCGAAGAAGGUCGUCCACCGACUCCCAUACCGCGCACGCUCGGCUGCAGUCCGGCUGUUCGAUGUGGGCGUCGUAGCUGGCGUCUUUGGCUCGGCUUUCGCCUUUGGUGUAGCGGUCUGGUCAGCCAAGCAGGUCUGGUCAGCGGUCUGGCUCGAGGCCGAGGCUCACGCCCGCGCCGAGGACACGGGCACCGUGGAGAUCAUCCGCAGGGCCAUCGUCCCCGACACACCGCCGCCAGUGCAUGCAUCGGACAGUGGCGGCGUCCUGCCACUCAUACCCGGGGUGACUGCUCCUCUGUCACAUCUGCCGACGCUUGCGCUCGCGUUACUCCUAUGCCAGCUCGUCCACGAGGCGGGCCAUGCAUUCGCCGCGGCAUUAGAGGAAAUCUCUCCGUCCAAGCUGCUAUUCAGCAUUCACCUUGUGCUUCCCUCGGCGUCAGUGGCGUUUCCCGCGACCGUCGAUUCGCUGCCGCCGAGAGCAAAGGCACGCAUCGCGACCUCUGGGCCGUUCUUCAACCUGCUGCUGUGGAUCGCGCUCGUUGUACUCGGCGGCUUCAGCAGCUUGCUCUGGACCGACGCAGCCGCCCAGGGACGGAUAGUAACCGCAAUCGCACCGGACUCGAAGCUGCAAUCCCACCUGAGCCCGGGCUAUCUGAUCACGCAUGUCGACGACCACUUCAUCGGCGGCACCGAGGACAGGUGGAGCCAAUACCUGGGCACGCCGCCGCUCGACCCAACGAAGGGGUGGUGUGUUUCGAAGUGGGAGUUUAGAGACGCUCCACAGGCGCCGUGCGCGGAUCUGCACCUUGUCGGCUUCGAUGAGAUCGGCAGAGAACGGUCUGGAACCCGCUGCCUUCCGCCGCACGGGAUCAUCACGGUGCCCAACAGCGAGUGCCAUUGCCCAACGUCGCAGGUGUGCAUUCGCCCUGCCGACUACGAGCGCAUCCUCAGAAUACGAUAUCGCAAGCCGAAUGGGAAGCAGGACACGCUUCUGUGGUCUGGCGACAGUGCUGCCGUCCUGCAGCAGGUGCAGGUCGACUCUGCGCGACCGCGCUUCUGGGGCUCUGCGACCCGAUGGGGGGCGCUUUUCAUGCAGUACAUGCGUCUUGUGACAAUGUCGCUGUUCGUGUUCAACCUCCUCACACUGCCAUACACGGACGGGACGCAGCUAUUCAUGGCGCUCUUCUCAUCAUCGCCGGUGGGCAACCCGCGGUCGCAUCGCUCGCGGCAUUCUCGGCAACUGUCCUCGGCCGCGCCGAGCCGCCACCCCACUAUCAACCUGUAUCGGCACGGGGAAAGCGAUAGCGAGUUCGAGGACGAGCCGGUAUGGGAAGUGGACCACGACCGACGGGAGGAGGCCCGGCAGAGCCACAUCCGGCGGGUUGUGGAGGGCAUCACGUCGCUCGUCGUCGCCGUCGUCGUCAUGGGUUGGGCGAUGCUGGCGCUCCUUCGCUCCAAAGCGCGCGAAUGUCUGGAAAAUCGAAUCGAGAUGAGGAAGCUAAAGAGCAAGAGUGUCGCUGCGCCCAAACAUGCGAGACCAUUAGACCAGGCCCUCGUGCUUGAUCCGCCAGAAUGUCUCGACCACGGCGCACGCACCCCGCCCUCGCCGUCCAUGAGCACACGAGCUCCAUCAUCCCACGUCGCAGACCUCGCAGCGUCGCACUUCUGCAUCACCCGUCCGUCCGUCUUAUUUCAACUACGCCGCGAGUACGCCGCCGACCUCCAACUGCCCCACGCUCGUUACCGUUCGCUUCAGCGCUGCCGGCCACCUCUCAGCGCCUUUUCUUCAAACCCCUCGUCUUCUUCCUCACUUUCGACUCCUUCACUUUCCUCUGUUCUAACUCAUACUGAGUUUCAGCAGUAUGACCAACAGCGUCGACUCGCCACCGCAGUCGCCACCGCGGCCCAUCUCCGCCCCGCCCCCUUGUCCGACUCGCUCGCUGCCCAAGCCACCGGCGCCGACACGCUGCCGGGCAUUUGUCCUGGCUCCGGGGGAGAGAUUCACGCUCGAGCCCUGCCCUCGGCCACCUGA